GCUGUGUUUUUGGUCCGAGGAAUUGAAACUCACACAGUCGCUUGACUGAGAGCAGAAAUGGAGCAGAAUCAGCUGGACCAGGAAACUUUCUCCUGUUCAAUCUGUCUGGAUCUACUGAAGGAUCCGGUGACGAUUCCCUGUGGACACAGCUACUGCAUGAACUGUAUUAAGUCCCACUGGGAUAAAGAGGAUCAGAAAGGAAUCCACAGCUGCCCUCAGUGCAGGGAGACAUUCACACCAAAGCCUGCACUGAAGAAGAGCACCGUGCUAGGAGCUUUAGUGGAGCAGCUGAAGAAGACUGAACUCCAAGCUGCUCCUGCUGAUCACUGCUAUGCUGGACCUGAAGAUGUGGCCUGUGAUUUCUGCACUGAAAGAAAACUGAAAGCCAUCAAGUCUUGUUUAGUCUGUCUGGCCUCUUACUGUAAGAAUCACCUCCAAUCUCACCUUGAUGUCCCUGGACUAAAGAAUCACAAGCUGGUGGAGCCGAACAAGAACCUCCAUGAGAACAUCUGCUCUAAACAUGAUAAGCUGUUGGAGAUCUUCUGCCGCACUGAUCAGAAGUGUAUCUGUAGUUUCUGUUUACUAGAUGAACAUAAAGGCCAUGACACAGUGUCAGCUGCAGCAGAAAGAGCUGAGAGGCAGAGAGAGCUGGAGGAGAGACGAGGAAACAUCCAGCAGAGAAUCCAGGACAGAGAGAAAGAUGUGAAGCUGCUUCAACAGGAGGUGGAGGCCAUCAGUCACUCUGCUGAUAAAACAGUGGAGGACAGUGAGGAGAUCUUCACCCAGCUGAUCCGUCUCCUCCAGGAAAGAAGCUCUGAUGUGAAGCAGCAGAUCAGAUCCCAGCAGGAAACUGAAGUGAGUCGAGUCAAAGAUGUUGAGGAGAAGCUGCAGCAGGAGAUCACUGAGCUGAAGAGGAAAGACGCUGAGCUGGAGCAGCUCUCACACACAGAGGAUCACAACCAGUUUCUCCUCAACUACCCCUCACUGCCAGCACUCAGUGAGUCCACACACUCAUCCAGCAUCAACAUCCGUCCUCUGAGACACUUUGAGGACGUGGCAGCAGCUGUGUCAGAGCUCAGAGACAAACUACAGGACGUCCUGAGAGACUCAUGGACAAACAUCUCACUGAUGGUCACUGAGGUGGAUGUUCUGCUGUCAGAACCAGAACCAAAGAGCAGAGCUGAUUUCUUAAGAUAUUCAUGUCAAAUCACAUUGGAUCCAAACACAGCUCACAAAAAGCUGGUUCUGUCAGAAGGGAACAGGAAGGUGACAGCGAUGGGUCAACCUCAGUCUUAUCCAAGUCAUCCAGAAAGAUUCACUGAUUACUGGCAGGUUCUGAGUAAAGAGAGACUAACUGGUCGUUGUUACUGGGAGGUGAAGUGGAGAGGGAGAGUUUUUGUAGCCGUCGCGUAUAAAAGUAUCAGCAGAGCCGGAGGUGGGAAUGAAUGUGGAUUUGGAGGCAAUGACAAAUCCUGGGCUGUAAAUUGUUACUUAGAUGGUUAUCAAUUUGGUCACAACAUCUGGACCUCCAUCUCAAGUUUAGUUUCCUCCAGAGUGGGAGUGUACCUGGAUCACAGAGCAGGUAUUCUGUCCUUCUACAGCGUCUCUGGAUCCAUGACUCUGAUCCACAGAGUCCAGACCAGAUUCACUGAGCCGCUUCAUGCUGGAGUUUGGUUUCGCUGGACAGGAGACGCUGUAGAGUUCUGUAAACCCAAGUAGAUUUUCUCUGAUUGUUGGUCAGGAUUCAUUGUUCUGCUUCUCUGUUCUGCUAUUCUUUAUUUUUCUGGUUUAAAUGUCAUUGUCUGUGUUGUCCAUAAAGUAUAUCAUUGAUUUUUUUUCUUUCAUCUUAUAUAACCCUGAACUAUUUCUCCACAUGAAAAUCUGAACUUCUCUGCUGUUCAAGAAACUGAAACAACUUAGAACUGAUGCUGUUUCUAUUAAAU